GCGCGUGCACUGUCUCUCACUCCUCCCACAUGACGGAGGCUCGCAUUUGUUUCGACUCAACUCAAGAUGGCAGCUGGAGCUGAGUAUGGCUUGAAAAAAAUAGUUUGGCAAAGAAUCAAGGACACCCUCAUUGCUGACUGCAGAAAGUCAGAAGUAUGGAAGAUCCUCAUUCUGGACCGGUUCACCACGCGCCUCCUGUCCUCCUGCUGCAAAAUGUCCAAUCUCAUGUCGGAGGGCAUCACAAUUGUGGAGGACCUGCACAAAAACAGAGAGCCUGUUCUAGAGAUGAAGGCCAUCUAUUUCAUGAGACCCACUGCUGAGUGUAUUGAUGCUUUUAUUAAUGAUUUCAAACCAAAACCUAAAUACAAAGCUGCCUAUGUCUUCUUCACUGACUACUGUCCUGAUGAUCUCUUCGACAAGAUGAAGAAGAACUGUGCCAAGCACAUUAAAGUGUGUAAAGAGAUCAACAUCUCGUUUCUGCCUCUGGAAGCACAGGUGUUCAUCUGUGAAAACACAGAGGCCUUCAAGAGCAUCUACACCCCGAGCAGUCAGGACCGAGAUCAGACGCUGGAGACAAUAGCGAAUCAGAUCGUAACUCUCUGUGCCACGCUGGAGGAGUAUCCUGGAGUCAGAUACAAGAAAGAUUCGGCUCUUGGAAGCAAGUUGGCUGAACUUGUAGAUAAUAAACUGGCACAACAUUACGAGUUAGAUGAUAAUUCGAAGAAAAAGGAUAAAACGCCGGCUCAGCUCCUGAUCGUCGAUCGUGCGCUGGACCCUGUUAGCCCUAUUCUUCACGAGCUCACCUACCAGGCCAUGGCUUAUGACCUCAUACCAAUAAAGGACAACACCUAUGAGUACAAGGUAAAGGACGGCUCUAAGAAAGAAGCUUUACUGAAUGAAGAGGAUGAAUUAUGGGUCAAAUUACGUCACAUGCACAUUGCCGAGGUCACUGAGCAAAUCCCCAAACUGGUGAAGGAAAUCUCUGCCGGCAGAGAAGAGAAGAAACAGGCUGAUGGGAAGAUCACAAUCGGAGGCCUAUCGCAGCUCAUGAAGAAGAUGCCAGGCUUCCGCAAGCAGAUGACUCAGAAAACUGUCCACAUAAGUUUAGCCGAGGAUCUGAUGAAUCACUACCAGAAGAAUGUGGAAAAACUCUGCAAAGCUGAACAGGAUCUGGCCGUAGGUGCUGAUGCUGAAGGGCAGAAGGUCAAAGACCCCAUGAGGACAUUACUUCCUGUGCUGUUACACCCACAUGACACCACCGAUAAGAUCCGGGCCGUCCUUCUCUACAUCUUCAGCCUAAAUGGAACGACAGCGGAGAACCUGAAUAAACUGAUCCAGCAUGUGAAAAUCGAGGAUGAGAGCGGCUAUAUCCUGAACUGGAAACAUCUGGGAGUUCCCAUCCUCUCCACGCCGAGCAUGUUCUCAUUUCGUAAACCAUCUCGGAGAGACCGGUCAGACAAGGAGACAUACAACGUGUCUCGCUGGACACCCGUCAUUAAAGACAUAAUGGAGGAUGCAGUGGAGAACAAACUGGAGGUCAAAGAUUGGCCGUAUCAGUCUGAAUGUCCGUCUGUGUGGAACGGCUCUCGUGCUGUAAGUCUGUUUCCUGUCAGUGCUCGGCAGAAGCACAAGGGCAGUUCCCCGGAUGAUCUCCGGAGCGGCUCGCGGCUCAUCAUCUUUGUUCUGGGCGGGGUCUGCUACUCAGAAAUGCGCUGUGCUUAUGAAGUCACGCAUGCUAAUAAAUCCUGUGAGGUCAUCAUUGGCUCGACACACAUCCUCACUCCACGUGGUCUGCUGGAGGACAUUUAUAAACUGGGCAAACAACCCAUGGAAAGCUUUAACAUUGAGGAAAAACCCUGAGCAGCCCUGCGCUGCCAUAUCCUCCUCAGGACUGAAGGGAACGGAUCUCAGCUGCUUGUCACCUCACAGCUUUCACUCAUCACAAAAAAAUAAACCAAUGUUGUACAUGGAACAUUUUGAGGUCAUUUCAUGUCUAAAGUCUCAGUUGUGCUCAGUUUAGGUUAUAUGUGACAGAAACUCUUCACAACUUCAACUUUGUUGAGGUAUUUAGACUUUUUAAAUGGUUAAACAACUUUAUAAAAAUUAUAACAUCAUCCAUUGAAAUGCGUCACAAGUAGAGACAUUUGUAACACACAAUUAGUUUGAUAACCCUUUAAUACAAAAUAAUUAUUUUUAAAAAGAGAUCCGCUCUUGACCAGAGCUUUAUAAACUGGUGCCUUUUUUUUUAUUUUUUUUUUUUUAUCAGUGAUAGCGAAAUGCUUGCACUGGGUUUUCAGUAACACUUUUCUUUUUCUGUAAUUCUAUCUCGCACACUAAUUGUAGUUAUUUGUAAAAAUCCACCAGACUGUCAAUUUAAAAAGAUAUUUUCAUGUUUUGACAAUUUGUUUGUGAAUUAGAUCUGUACAUAUGUAUUGCAUGCUAGUGUGCCGUUUGAGUUGAAUUGAAUCGUUUUGCUUAUAUUAAACAUUUACUGAUGAACAAAUGAGGGAUUAAACUGAUUUAAUGCAUACUUAUUGAACAGCUGACAUAACCUGAAUGACGUGGUUCAAUUCUUAUGUUUGGUUUGUAAUGUUUGUAUAAUGUUUGCAAUGUGGUCUGUCUAAUAUCAACUGUACUUCAUAAAAAUAUUGUCUCUUUGUAUGAUUUCCCUAAGCAAAAUUUGAUUUGGGGGCCCCCCUCCCACCACGCGGAGUCAUCUGUGCUUCAAGAUAAUUGACACAAAUGUCACGCUAUAAUGUUAUAUUAUAAAUGAAUACAGUGAGGUUAUGUAUUCAUACAAAAUAAAUAAGUAAAAAUCAA